CUGGGUUUUUUAUUUUUAACGUUUUUCACAGGACUUCCAAAUGAGCCACUGCUGCCUCUCCCCACUUCCGUCCUGGACAGCUCUACGCUCCAUUAAUAGCCACUGCCACUGCCACUGCCACUGCCACUGCCACGCCACUGCCACCUGCAGCUUUGCUACUAACAGAACAAGGCUUCAAAUCAGAGCCAUGAGGGCCGUCGUCCAGCGAGUUACCUCCGCUAGCGUCGAGGUCGAAGGCCGUGUGGUGUCUGAGAUUGGACCAGGCCUUCUCGUCCUUGUUGGCCUCCACGAGUCCGACACGGACUCCGAUGCCGAUUACAUAUGCCGAAAGGUAUUAAACAUGAGAUUGUUCCCAAAUGAAACCACGGGAAGAGGUUGGGAUCAGAAUGUUAUGCAGAAAAAUUAUGGAGUUCUGCUAGUGAGUCAGUUUACAUUGUAUGGAAUGUUGAAGGGAAACAAGCCAGACUUCCAUGUGGCGAUGCCACCACAAAAGGCAAAACCAUUCUAUGAUUCAUUAGUCGAAAGAUUUAGGAAAUCGUACAGGCCAGAUGCCAUAAAAGAUGGUGAAUUUGGAGCAAUGAUGAAGGUUAAUCUAGUUAACGAUGGCCCAGUAACAAUGCAGCUUGACUCACUACAAUCAUCAAAGAACACAAACGGGGCUGAAGCAAAAUAAAUGUGGCGUGUUCAACAUCUGGAUAGCCAUACCUUUGGAACUUUCAAGACAGUGCACAAGACGACAGUUUCUAAUCAAAGUUGAAGUUAUGCAGUUUGCUGUUAUUUCAGUUCCACGGGAGUACGAUUUUUGCUGUUAUUUCAAUUCCAAGGUAGUACGAUCUUCCUGCCAAUUUCUGCCUGGCUGAAAAAUGGGGCAAUAGCUUUCCCUGAUUGUCUUGUAUUUUCCUCCCAUGGCUAAAGGUUUAGCUGGACAUGAUUGCCAGUCAAUGACCAUUAUCAUAUUAGCCAAGUAUUAUAACCACUUUUGUUUCGAAGAUCAUAUAUUUCUCCCCAUAAGAUAAAUUGAAUGCUAUGAGAAUAGAAAGCAAGCCACUUUCCAUCAUUUUAGGGGAACAACUCUGCACCAUAGAUAACUAACUAAUAUCCCUUGAUGAUGUAAUGCAUUCUCAUGAUUAAAUGAUGAAGUUGCUCUAGAUUUUCCAA